AUGGACCAUUGUGGUCUGCAGUGGUUGAGACCUGGUCUGAGGAAGUAUGUCUGUGAACUGGAACUGGACACAAACACAGUAAACAGAAGACUCAAACUGUCUGACAACAACAGGAAGGUGACAUGUGUGAGAGAGGAUCAGUCAUAUCCUGAUCAUCCAGACAGAUUUGACUACUGGCCUCAGCUGCUGUGUAGAACUGGUCUGACUGGUCGCUGUUACUGGGAGGUAGAGUGGAGAGGAGAGGUUUAUAUAUCAGUGAGUUACAGAGGAAUCAGGAGGAGAGGAGACAGUAAUGACUGUGAGUUUGGAAGGAAUGAUAAGUCUUGGUGCCUGAGCUGUUCCAAUGAUGGUUACUCUGUCUACCACAAUAAUAGAAAAACAUUGCUCUCCUCCUCCUCCUCCUCCUCUGGUAGAGUAGCAGUGUAUGUGGACUGUCCUGCUGGCUCUCUGUCCUUCUACAGAGUCUCCUCUGACACACUGAUCCACCUCCACACCUUCAACACCACAUUCACUGAACCUCUUUAUCCUGGGUUUAAGUUCUGUACAUAUGGUUCCUCAGUGUCUCUGUGUCCUCUGCAGGUCUGAGAGUCUCUCCUGUGGACAGAAACUCAACAGAUCAGCUGCCAGAAUACACUAAUGUGGGGUUACUAUUAUUAAUAUAAUGAUUAUAGGUUUGAUUGCAAAACGUU